AUGCAUCACGUUGCUGCUUGCUACGCCCGCGGACGCCCGUGUGGCCAAGGCGCUGUCGUCGCGCCACGACCCCCUGGCACGCGAGUUGCGCCAAGUCCGCUCGAAAAGCCACGUCGUAGUCCAGUCGAUGCUGCCAAGAAAUACGCGUCGAAGAAAGUGAACCAAGCCGCUAACCGCGUCGUCGGACCCUUGAACAAGGCUGUGUACACGGCCAAGGCGACUAAGCACCUUGCGGGCGCGGCAGCAUCGGUCAUGAAUGCCGGUGCGCGGGCUGGGAACUGGAUCCAAAAGAAAGCCGACAAACGCGGCAACAAUGCUUUUGUCCGUGCCGUCGGGCGAGCUGCUGGCAACGGCGCCGCGCACAUGGAAGUCGGUCGCGACAGAGCUCGGCAAGCCCAAGCUGUCGCCGCGUUUGCUGAAGCUGGGGCGAAGCGUGCUCGGGAUUUGGCGCGCGGGGCUCGAGAUGGGGCGAACAACAUGAUCGGGAGAGGCUAG